AUGUCUUCCCCCGCCCGAGAGUCACUGCUUAUCAACCCGGAGGAAGUGGGCACUUGGGCACUAGGCUCCUACGUUCCUGUGGAUGCUAGUUGGUUCAUGCAUGCUGCUAUCCGGCGUCCGAAAGAGGAAUUCGAAGUGAAACGGCUUCCUAAUGCUCGGUUCUUUGACCUAGACAAGGUGGCAUCCCAGCAUCCUCUUGGACUUCCACACAUGAUGCCGGAUAAUCAUACGUUUGCUGAUGCUUUAGAAUCGCUCGGCAUUGAUAGAGGAACGACCGUUGUUUUGUAUGACACUCAUGGGGUAUUUUCUUCACCGCGCGCUCUCUUCACCUUCAAGGCGUUUGGGCACCCUGGAGCGCUUGUCCUCAAUGGAGGACUGCCUGCAUGGGAAGAACAGGGAUUGCCUGUGGAAACGGAACCACCCAGUGCACCUUGGAAAUCAUCGUAUAAGCCCGUACCCCAAUUGGAUGCAUCCGUUAUCAGGAGUUAUGAGCAGAUGGUUGACAACUCCCAGUAUGAGCGGGAUAGUAAAGCAAGCGAGCUAGUGCUGGAUGCCCGAGCCCAUCCUCGAUAUACGGGCGAAACGCCUGAGCCCCGCGAUAUUCCUUCUGGACACAUACCCAACUCCUUCUCCCUUCCGUUCAGUACCCUGCUGGAACAACAUGAUAAGGGUGAUCGCUCAUACACGACCAUGCUUUCACCCGAAAAACUAGAGCAGGCGAUCCGGGAUGUUCUUGGCCCGAGUGCGGAUGCCGUGCUGGCGGGACAGCGACCCAUUGUCACGACUUGUGGGAGUGGGAUGACUGCCGCUAUCAUUUGGCUGGCCCUGCAGGAGCUCGGGAUCGAUGCGUCGGUGUAUGACGAGUCGUGGAUGGGAUAUGCGGCGCGCAAGAGCAGCAAGAUUGCCACGGGGGAUGAAUGA